AUGACAAGUGAAAAGAUGAGUUCAAGGCGCGAUGAUAGCGUAUUUACGGCGAUACAACAACCGGCACCGAUGCAACAAGACGGGAAUAUGGCGACCAAUUGGCGUGAAUGGAAAAUGGCAUUCGAUUGUUUCUUAAUUGCUUCUGGAAAAGAAUCCGCUUCGUCAAAGGAGAAGUGUGCACUUUUCAUGCAUGUUAUUGGAAAAUAUGGAAGAGAAAUUUUUGAAGAACUAGAUAUAUCGGAUAUUGAAUUUGAUUAUGAAAAAUUAUGCAUUACGUUUGGUGAACACUGCGACCCAAAGAAAAAUGUUAAUUACGAACGGCACAUAUUUUUCGAAACAUAUCAAGCUGAAGAUAAUUUUGAUAAAUUUAUUGGUGCCUUAAAAAUAAAAAGCAAGAAUUGUGAGUUUGGAUUAUUAAAAAACAGUUUAAUAUUAACUCAGUUGAUACGUGGAAUUAAAGAUGCCCAAAUGAGAGAAAAACUGUUGGCAAAAUCAUCGAUGUCCUUGGAUGAGGCAAUACAGUGGUGUCGUGCAGCGGAACGUGCUACAGAACAGGCAGCGGCGUGUUGCAGUCGACAACCGAACAUCAGUGUGGAGCAGAUGACGAGGCAAACGAGGACUACUUCAGCACAACGCCAGUGGUACAACCCAGGUGCUAAUGUCAGGACUCGCGGCGGUGAUGGGAGGCUGGCUUCGUCGGGGAGGCGCGCGUUUGGACUACAACCGCAGUGGCGCAGCGGUGACAACGGAGCGGCUGGCCGCGGCCGGUAUACAGGUUCACCUGUAUGUACUAAAUGUAAUUUACUGCACAAGGUUAGUGAUCGCUGUCCGGCUUUUUCAAUGAGAUGUUAUCGUUGUGAUAAAAUCGGUCAUUUCGCGAAAUGUUGUAAAAUAAAAUUUACACAUGAAGUGACAGAAGUAACUGACACCCCUGAGUACAAAGAGAAUAAUGAGUUGUUAUUGUAUAAUAUUAGUAUAGACACUUUGUGUAAACAGUACGAGUCGUGGUAUGAAAAUGUUAUAGUGAAUGGUGUAAACUUAUACUUUAAAUUAGAUAGUGGCGCCGAUGCGUCUGUCAUGUCUUUAUUUUCUUAUAAUAAUGCAGGAUUUAAGGAAUGUCAACUUAGUAAGUGUGCCACAGUAUUAAGAGAAAUAAGCAAAAAUAAAUUGCCCGUGAUUGGUUACUUCGAUGCUAUGAUACAAUAUAAACAACGUAGUUGUAAAGAAAGAAUUUAUGUGUUAGAAGUUAACUGCAAUAAUUUAUUAAGUUUAAGGGCGUGUGUAUGUCUAGAAUUAAUAUUGCGGUCUAAUGAAUUAUCUGUAAACGGUAUGUACAUUGAUGAGUCAGUCUUUCAAGGUAUGGGUUGUUUGCCGUCUGUUUGUAGAAUCGUUAUCGACGAAACCGUACCGCCCGUGGUAAAUGCCACCCGUAAAAUUCCUAUUAAGUUGCGUCCUAGAUUAAAACAGGAACUUGAUAACAUGGUAAAACAAAAUAUAAUAAUUAAAGAAGAGGGCCCAACCGACUGGGUAUCGAAUAUUGUAGUAGUUGAGAAGCCUGAUAAGUCAUUACGUGUAUGUUUGGAUCCUAGGAAUUUAAAUAGAGCUAUUAAACGAAGUCAAUUUCUGCUGCCUACACUGGACGAAAUUGCUAGUAAUCUGUCUGGAGCUAAGUAUUUCUCUAAAUGUGAUGCUAAGAAGGGCUUUUGGAUGCAAAAAUUGGAUGAUUGUAGUUCUAAGCUUUGUACGUUUAGCACGCCGUUCGGAAGGUAUAGAUUUUUAAGAAUGCCGUUUGGUAUUAAUUCAGCUCCGGAAAUAUUCCAUAAUGAAAUGUAUAAAAUAUUUAAAAUUGAGGGUGUCGAAGUUUACAUAGACGACCUAUUAAUAUGGGGUAAAACUCGUGAGGAACAUGACUCACGAUUAAGGGAGGUAAUUCGUAGGGCUAAAGAAAACGGUGUAAAAUUUAAUAAAGAAAAAUGUUUAUUUGGUUCAAAACAAGUAACGUUUUUAGGUCAUAUUUUUAGUGCUAGUGGGAUGCAACCAGACAAUAAUAGGGUCAAAGCUAUACUGGAUAUUCCAACACCUAUAGACAGAAAGGAACUAGAACGGUUUUUAGGCGUAACUAAUUAUUUGUCCCGAUUUAUACCUAAUUAUUCAGACAUUGCAUCUCCAUUGCGCGAAUUAUUAAAAAAGAAUAUACUUUUCGAGUGGCUUGAGGUACAUGAAAAAUCAUUUAGAUUAUUAAAAGAUAAAAUUAGCAGCGCCCCUGUAUUACGUUAUUAUUCUCCGCACGAACCGGUUACUGUAUCAGUGGAUGCCAGUUCGCGCGGGCUGGGUGCAUGCUUACUGCAGGGGGCAGCCGGUAGCAUACGCGGCGCGCACACUUACACCGGCUGA